UAUUUCUGUUAAAAUCAGUAAAAAACGUGAAUUUUUUUAGUAUUCUCAGUCGUUCCAUAAAAUUAUGCUUUCAUGACAGGCGAGAAUCAUUUUCAGAAAUUAAAGAAGUUCUUUGAUAUCGACGACGUAUCGAUAUAAAUGCAUGGAUCGCAGUUCGCAGCAAAGCCAUCGACGCUAUCACGACUAACACGCGACUAACACACAUGCACACAUACAUCUAUAGGACAACAUUUUUGUAUACAUAAAGCCAAUCGUUCUGCAGAAGUCAAAGUCGAGGAUUCGCAGUAUACACCGCAGUCUCUAGCGGCUGCGGCGUCGAGUCGAAACCGGUUCAUUUUUAUUGCGUUCGGGGCAGUCGUAGCGGUAACAACAACGCAAACCUCGCUCCUGCAUUUCUCCUGCGAACGACGAAGUGAUUUUUGUUUUACAUUAUUAGAGUGAGUUGAUACUCGAAAGAGUUUUGUUUCGGUCAAGACGCUACUCUGAUGUAGUGUUUGAAUACUAAUACAAUAACCGUCGACUUUCUCUCGGCACAGCUCGACGACCAUCAAGAAUGUCGGAAGAAACGCAGCAACACGACCUGGUGAAACGCAUCCAGCUCAAGGAGGACCCGUACUCCAAGGAGGCCAUCAUGAAGCUGCUGCGCGAGUCCGAGCCCAGCGCGACCCUGUGCUGCGAGUUCGGCGCGGUCGGCUGUCACAAGGGCAUCCUGGCGGCGCGAAGCGCCCACCUCAUGGAGCUCCUCGGACGCAAUCCCUGCGCGCAUCCGUUCUUCUACGUGCCCGGGGCCAAGCACGACGAGCUCCAGGCCGUCGCGCACUUCAUGUAUCACGGCGAGGUCGAUAUCGAGCUGUCGAAGCUGAAGCACUUUUACAAGGCCGUCGAACCUCUGCAGAUUCGUGGCUUGCAAUGGAAGAAUACGAAAGAAAAAUCUGAGGACAAGGUCAAUGCAGAUGAUUAUGAUGAUAUCUAUAGGAUAACUUGUGUCUCAAAAAAUUCCGAAAAUGCAGAUCUCAAGAAAGCACUCGUUGUCCUGUACGACAACGAAGAGAUGAUCGAUAUGACUUUGGCCUGUGACGAUGGCUCCUUCAAAUGCCAUAAAGCUGUUGUGACUGCAUGUAGCGAUUACGUGAAAAAUGUUUUGUCUGAUUCGUGCAAAGAUCCAGUUAUCUUCCUUCUCGGUACAAAAAAACGAGAAUUGGAAGCUGUAAUUGAUUUGAUGUACAAUGGUAGAAUCAAAGUAAGAAAAUCUGAUGUUCAAAGGGUCGUAGAGAUUGCUGAUCAAUUAUUCAUUCGUGAUUUAUCAGUACAAUCUAUGUUGACCAACGAAAAGGAUAAUGAAAUUUUUCAAGAACUUACCUCAGAGAAUGAGCAUAAUGAUUCAAGAUCAAAUUCAUUUGAUCAAUAUCCUGAAAAGAACCCAGAUGUUUCUAGCUUUUGCUCAAAUGUAGCAAAAGCAUUUGAUACUCCUCCCAUGAUUAUUUUUGAUUGGGGAAAACUUUUACAGGAAAAAAGUGAAGGUUCCCCUCGACGAUCAUAUGGAAGUAGUGAACGCCAAAAUGUACUGGAUGCUGUGAAUCGUGGAAUGUCAGGUGCACAGGCUUCGAGACUAUUUGGAAUACCAAAAAGUACAGUUUACUCGUGGUUAAACAAAUAUGAAGGACUAAAUACAAGUAAAAACUCUGCAGUUCUGAAUGAAUCUUCAUCAGGAACUACACGAAGAUCUUACUCAGACGGAGAUCGUCAAAAAGUUGUUAGAGCUGUCCAGAGUGGAAUGUCCGUCGCAGAGGCUGCCAUAAAAUUUGAUAUACCUAAGAGUACACUAUAUUCUUGGAUGAAGAAAUCAGACACCUUAGAUACCAGUAAAAGCUCUGCAGUCAUAAGCUCAUCUCCAUCUCCUUCAAGUACUACUAGAAGAUCUUAUUCAGAUGCAGAUCGCCAAAAGGUAUUAGACGCUGUUAGUAGAGGAAUGUCUGGUGCAGAAGCUUCCAGGAAAUAUGAUAUACCUCAGAGUACAGUUUAUUCUUGGGUGAGGAAAUCAGAUGACUACUUGAGCACCAGUAAAAGCUCUGCACUUGUCGAAUCGCCUCCAUCAAGCAGUUCUAGACGAUCGUACUCAACUGCUGAAAAACAAAGUGUAGUGAAUGCAGUCAACAAUGGCAUGACUGGUGCGGAAGCUUCAAGAAAAUAUGAUAUACCAUCAAGUACAGUUUACUCUUGGAUUAAGAAGUCAGAAAGCCCGGAUGCAAGUAGAAGAACUUCUAUAAGUUCAUCUGUGGAUACCUCAUAUUCUUCUGCAUCUGGAAGACGUUCGUACACACCAAGUGAGCGUCAAACUGUCGUCAAUGCCAUUGCUAAUGGUAUGAGUGGAGCUGAAGCUGCUAGGACUUAUGGAAUUCCUCCAAGUACUGUUUAUUCAUGGAAAAAUUCUGUGCCAGCAGCCCCUACAACGAAUUACAGCCGCCAAUCAAAUACCUCUUAUGGUUCGUCGAAUAUUUCGUACGGAGCUUCAAAUGCUUCAUAUGGAUCUUCAGGAGGUGGCAGAAGAUCGUAUUCAUCGGGUGAACGAUCGGCAGUUUUGAGCGCUAUGUCUAGCGGCAUGUCAGGAGCUCAGGCCGCCAGGACAUUUGGGAUUCCUGCGAGCACCGUCUACUCAUGGAAUCGAAAACGAUAAACUACAACUUCAAUCAUUUACUUUUUAAAUGCUUUGUUGUAAUCUUUAUAAAGAUUUUUUUUAACGCCUUGAUGUAUGCUUAUCAAGCAUACAAGAAUUUUUAAACUUUGUUUCAAUGUGUAUUUUAAUUUUUACACAAUAAUAUUGAUAAAGUGAUUACUUUUAAUGUUUUUUACAUGAUGUUUCUACAUAAGUUUUUUUGAUGAUGUAAACUUUUAUUCAAAUAAAGUUCAUAAUUACAAUUAUUA